ACCUUGAGCAAACCAAUUGUGCAGUCUACCCAUUCUUAAAGCACUAGGGCAUAUGGCGGCUGCGGAAGACAGAAAACGCCGGUACCCUGUAGAAUCUUCCGAAUCAAAUAUUCAAGUGACAAGACAGCCACCAAAGAAACGUUUCCUAACCUCUGCACCAACCUCUCCAACCGGCCACCAGCCUGCCGAUAUGGACAAUGAUCAGCAAGGUGCUGAUGAUCCCAACGAUCCUUUCAAGAGUCAAAUAGUCCAUUAUCAAAAGGAUGCCAUUCAUCGACAAACCAGCGAGUAUCGACGUUUGGCGGGUCGACUGAAGCGUAAAGCUAGCGCUUUGGAGACCGACAUUUCUGAAUGGGAAACCCUUCAAGAUGUUUCAAAGCGGUGGUGGUCAUUGACUUGCGACGAAUUGAAGACAGCUAUGCAACCAUUGGAUGCCCAAACUUGGGAUCCGCCUAGCAGUUGGGAAAAGUCAAAAACAAUGGAACAAUUAUAUUGCCACUCAUACUUAUGGCCAGAAUCGAGCGAAGAGGCGCCGUCAGAUUUACUCUUAAUGCUUCGGAACGACGGUGGUCCAUUGUAUGGUAUCAUGCGACGCAUGGGAUAUCACUUGGAUAAAUGCAAUGCCGCUCGGUCGCAUCAAUUUGACGAAAUGAAAGAAGUUCAAGGUUCCAGCGUCGUCAAUAACUAUGGAAAGUCACUAGGUCGAUGGCAAGACCAACAUCGUGAAAUGAUAUCUGUUUCCAGCUCAUUAGAACUCCAUCAACAGCAGGUUUCUGAUGUUUGGGCCAGUCAAGGAGAAUUGGAAGAGCGACUUGGCAAUCUUUCAUCAAAAUUAGUCGAGAUGCGGGACUUAAUCAAAGAUCGAAGCAAGGCACUGGAAGAAACACGAUAUCUUCGAUCCAGAAUAGAAGAGGAAUCUGAAUUAUUGAAACGGCGACUGGAUGCCAUGGCUCGUGUUGAAAAUCCUACUGAAAUGAAGCUGGCAAAGGAACGAGAAGAGUACAAGACAUUGCUCAAAUGCUCUUCUUGCCACUUGCGGUUCAAAUCUCACGUUCUAUUGCGGUGCAUGCAUACAUUUUGCAAGGAAUGUCUUGAUAUUCGUAUCGAGACACGUCAGCGGAAGUGUCCCAACUGUGGUGAAUCGUUUGGAAGUAAUGACGUGAAGCAAUUUUUCUUUUAACUAAGCAUGUAUUUUAUUCUAU